CUGCUCUCUCUUGCUUGGUCUCUCUUCCAGAUCUAGCUGCCUUCACACGGACCAUGCUCCCAAAGGCUGUAUGAUCAUUUCUGGUGACUGCCAGCGGAGGCUCACUGGGGCCCGUGCAGCAGAGCGGGAGGCCGAGGGGUUCCUGCUGCCCCUCAGGCAGAGAUACCGGCGUGUGGCCGACCUGCAGUGAGGUGCAGCUUUGGAAGCUAUCAGAGACGAGAGCCGCCGUGAGGUGCUCUGGACCUGGGGGGAAGCAGAGCGGUGGCAGCAUGGACAAGGACAGCACCAACCUGGCCGACCAGCAGUAUGAGUGCGUGGCUGAGAUCGGCGAGGGAGCCUAUGGGAAGGUGUUCAAGGCCCGCGACCUGAAGAAUGGUGGCCGCUUCGUGGCGCUGAAGCGGGUGCGGGUGCAGACCAGUGAGGAAGGCAUGCCGCUGUCCACCAUUCGGGAGGUGGCCGUCCUGAGGCACCUGGAGACCUUCGAGCACCCCAAUGUGGUCAGAUUGUUUGAUGUGUGCACCGUGUCACGAACAGAUAGAGAGACCAAGUUAACGUUGGUGUUUGAACAUGUGGAUCAAGACUUGACUACUUACUUGGAUAAAGUUCCAGAGCCUGGAGUGCCUACUGAAACUAUAAAGGAUAUGAUGCUUCAGCUGUUUCGGGGACUGGAUUUUCUGCAUUCACAUCGUGUGGUGCAUCGGGACCUGAAACCCCAAAAUAUCCUUGUAACCAGCAGUGGGCAGAUCAAGUUAGCCGACUUUGGCCUUGCACGAAUCUACAGUUUUCAGAUGGCUCUUACAUCAGUGGUUGUUACUUUGUGGUAUAGAGCUCCUGAAGUUUUGCUUCAGUCCAGCUAUGCAACACCAGUUGAUCUUUGGAGUGUUGGUUGCAUAUUUGCAGAAAUGUUCCGUCGAAAACCACUCUUCCGUGGAAAUUCAGAUGUUGAUCAGCUAGGAAAAAUCUUUGAUGUAAUUGGACUCCCAGAAGAAGAGGACUGGCCUAACGAUGUUGCCCUUCCAAGAAAUGCUUUUGCUUCCAGACCCGCACAACCUAUUGAAAAAUUUGUACCAGAUAUUGAUGAAAUGGGCAAAGACUUGCUUCUUAAAUGCUUAGCGUUCAAUCCAGCCAAGAGAAUAUCUGCCUAUGCUGCCCUGUCUCACCCAUAUUUCCAUGGUCUGGAGAAAUGCAAGGAGAAUCUGGACUCUCACAUGUCAUCCAGCCAAAACUCCAGUGAGGUGAAUGCAUCACAAUGCUGACUGAAGAUGAACCUAUAAAUGAACAAGAUGUGUAGCCGACAAGGCCACUGUCCCAUACAAACCACAUGGCUGUUCUAGUGAAGAUCAUUGUUUGGAGGUUUUACACACUGUCUUUCGUUUUGGGAUUGCAAUGUGCUUAUCCAAGGAAAUCAACGUAGUUUACUUUCAUCAGAGCAAUGCAAGGGCCAGGGCUUUGGCCUGCUCCCAUUGCAGCUUUAUGUUUGUUUUGUUUUUGUCUUGUUUAUCUGCCUGGGAAAACUCCAGACGAAGAGAAGCUGCUGACCAGUUUUGCUGCCGUUUUAUCCUUCUAAAAUUGAAUGCUGCCAGUGUGGAGUAGGAUGAUCAAGUCACUGCCAAAACAGGAUACAAUCUCUCUAGCUGCUGAAGCAUGAUUUGGUACUUUCAUUAUGAUGGUGUGAUCUCUUAGAGUGAUAUUUAAAGAAUGGCAUUGAUGUAUCAGAUCUCUGCAACCUGCAGUUAACUGAUACAUACAUUAAUACAUCCAGCUACUGUGCACUCAUAGAAUACAUGCAGGUCCUUCCCCAGCUGAAAACUUGGAUGGAUUAUUUUGUUAUUUCAUCACAAAACAACAGUUACGAUAGUGAUCGUAAUAAAUGUCUCAGCUUUUAGGGUUUUUUUUUUAAUACACAAACAAGUUAUUAUCUAGUUAAGUUUGUGUGUAUGUUUCAAAAGCAAGUGUUUAAAAAAACUUACGAGGUCUCGUUCUUAAAGAUCCAUUCAGUUUCCAAAUGGUCAGUUUAUGUUGGAAUCCAUGCACGUUCUAACCCAUCAUCUAACCCAUCGUUCCUUUCUGCAAACAGCUGCAAACACACUUUCUUUCUCUCAUUCUGAAAUUUUCUGAUAUGCAGCUCAAAGUCACGAGUAGAUCCAAUGAAAAUGAAUGCAGGUUUUCAUGUUUAACCUGUUGUCGUCAUUCUCUGAAAAGGAACAUAGAAAAAAUAUUUCCAGUUUGGAAGGAGAGAAUGCUAUACUUGUUAAGUACAGUUAUUUACCUGUGCGGAACUGUAUGCUGCAUACUGUGCUGCCUUACCUACAACAGCCGCCAUGCAUCUCAAGUCAUGAACAUUACUGUCACAAAAUGCCUCAGAUGUUGCUUAUUAAGAAGACUUGUUUUCUAUGCAGAAAUGCAUGAGCUUCUCUCCUAAGCCACCAUGUGGUAUACUGGCACAUGCUUCUCCACUAGGCUUAAUGUGCCAUUACUGAAUGUCAAAAUAACUAAGUAAUUCACAUGCCUUUAUAGAACAGUAAUUUUAAAUAUUACAUUAAAAUGUUAUAUUUAGUAUUUUUAC